UAACCAGCUGACCUGAAGAGAGUACAAACACCCCCCACCGUCUGAGACACUCUUUUAUAAACAGCAGAGGCAUCCUAGACUGAGUUCACUUUCUCUGCAUCUCGCUGACACAGCAGCACAAAACUGCAUAAAAGUGUGACAAGUGCAGAAAUAGACACAACAAGGAGACCACAGGACGCCAGACGCCUCCAGGCAAAAGAUGGAAGCCUACAAAGUAACAGUAGCCACUGGAACAUCUGAAUACUCUGGAACAAACAAUUUUGUGUACGUCACAUUGAUUGGAGAGCAUGGGGAGAGUGAAAGAACCAUGCUGGAUAAGCUAGGACCAGACCUCUGCUGUGGAGCUGUGGACGAGUAUGAAGUAAAGAGUAGUGUCCCACUCGGCUCAAUCUGGCUUGUCAGGCUGGAGAAACGUCAUUUGUGGGUGGAGGACAACUGGUUUUGUCUUUAUGUGAAAGUGAAGACUCCUGAUGGCACUUCUCUGACAUUUCCUUGUUACCGCUGGUUUGUGGGUGACAUGGACAUAGAGUUACGAGAGGGAACAGCUAAGAGAAUGCUAGAUGAUACUGUUCCUGAAUUACUUGCUCACCGAAGAAGAGAACUGCAAGAGCGAAAGCAGACAUACAGAUGGCAGGCUUGGAAACCAAGGAUUCCGAAGUGUAUUGAUGCAAAAUCUGAGGAGGAUCUCCCGCAGGACAGUCGUUUCGACAAUGAAAAGACAAGUGACUUUGAAGGCUCAUUGCAAUACGCCAUGCUGGAGCUUUCACUCAAGAAGCUAGUGAUCAAUUUUGGAAAGUCUUGGAGUGACCUUGAAGAUUUCCGUCGAAUCUUCUGGAAACUAAGGAGUCCAGUAGCAGAGUAUGUUAUGGAGCACUGGAAGGAGGAUUGUUUUUUUGGCUACCAAUUUCUGAAUGGCAGCAAUCCCCGGAUGAUUGAAUGUUGUUAUCACCUCCCGGAUAAUUUUCCUGUCACGGAAGAUAUGGUGCAGGCCACAUUGGGUCCAAAAACCAAUCUUUAUAAGGAAAUGAAGGCUGGAAAUAUCUACCUGGCGAAUUAUUCCGUUCUAGAAGACAUUCCUGCCAAUGUGAUCCGUGGCAAACAACAAUACUUGUGUGCCCCCCUGUGCCUGUUGUAUGAGGACCCUGUGCAAGGACUACUUCCAUUGGCAAUACAGCUGAAACAGACACCUGGACAGAACAACCCAAUCUUCUUGCCCUCAGAUCCUGAGUUGGCUUGGGUUUUAGCCAAGACAUGGGUUCGACAUGCUGAGUUCCAAAUCUUCCAGCUUCUGUCUCACCUGCUGCGGACACAUCUUGUGGUUGAGGUCUUUUGUGUGGCCACCUUGAGGCAGCUGCCUGCAGUUCACCCUGUUUAUAAGCUCCUGGCCCCCCACCUACGGUAUACUCUGGAAAUCAACACACGUGGCCGCACACAGUUAAUUUCUGAAGACGGCAUCUUCAAGAAGGUGGUGUCCACUGGAGGAACUGGUUUGCUCCUAGUAACUCAAAGGGAAUAUCAGAAGCUGACUUUCAAGUCUCUCUCACCUACUUUUGACUUCAAAGCGCGAGGUGUGACCCGGCUCAAAAAUUACUUCUACAGGGAGGACUGCACGAUGCUGUGGAACACCAUUCAUAGUUUUGUGUCUGGAAUUGUGACUCUCUACUAUUCUUCAGACAAAGAGGUUAUAGAAGAUCAAGAACUGCAGAGCUGGAUUAAUGAGGUGGUUAAUGAGGGAUUUGUGGAUACUCCAAAUUUUGGGCUAUCUAGUGACCUGAAGGAUAGAAAAGAGCUCAUUACUCUUUUGACAACGGUCAUUUUCACAUGCUCUGUCCAACAUGCUGCAACCAACAAUGGGCAGUUUGAUUGGUGCUCUUGGGUUCCAAACACACCCUGCACUAUGUGUCUUCCCCCGCCUUCCUGCAAGGACUCGGUUACAAUGGAGAUGAUUAUGGACACACUCCCGGAUAUGCACCAGUCAUGUGUAGAGAUGGCCAUCACGUGGCACCUGAGUCGUACCCAGCCUAAUGCAAUCCCACUUGGCCAGUACCCUGAAGAAUACUUCACUGAAGCAUCUGCCAAGGCUGAGAUCAAAAAGUUUCAGGAAGAACUCAAAGAGAUUGAAGAAUUUAUCGUAGAGAGGCAUGGCAAUAGUGAGCUGAAAUAUCUGUACUUGCGUCCAAGCCAGAUUGACAAUAGUAUCGCAAUAUAGUGAGAAGAGUGUGGAAGGAGCUCAGAAAAGUGUGCCAGAGACAAAUAGGAAGCUUCUGCAAAUUGAAGUUUGCCUAGCUUCUUAUCACAUGCUGGCGGGUAUUAGUGAAUGGUGAUAUUGCAAGGCUGAAAACUGAGAGUGUAUCUACAACUUACCUGGUAACCCAAGUAGAUGUGGACCAAAUCCAGCAUUGGGAUUAUUCAAAAUCAAGAUGAGAAACAAAAAUGAGGUCAUAAUAUAACUGUGAAUGUCUAGUCCAAGGACCAAGAAACGUGGAAAGGGAAAUGUCAAAAUCUUAACUUUUUCUAAAAUAAAGCCAUUUUCUAUGUGUUUUUCUGAAAGUCAGUCUCAGUCUGUUUCCUCAUUCUUCAACAAAUACCUGUUAAAUCAUAGACAAAGGCUUCAUGCUUUAUACCACUUGGACUUCAAAACAUGUACAACCUGCCAAACCCUGAAAUGUUGGAAGAUUUUAUAACCUGUACUUUUUAGCUCAUUAGAAAAGGAUUACCUACUUUCAUCUUUUUCAAGAAUGCAUUCACUCCAACUGCUCAGAGUAACCUAUGGAACAUGAUUCCAGAGAGUGUUCAGUGUUAUUUCUUAUGUUAGUAAGUUCUUCACUACAGGCCAUCCAUUUUCUAACCCACAUACUUGAUUAGGUUCAUUAGCAUGUAUUAUCAUCAGAGAACCAAGCUGCACCAUUCCAUGUGCAAGCAUACUCCAAAACUUUUGCUCUUUGCAUCAUUAGAAAUGAUUUCAUUCGUGCUCUGUGUUGUAUGCACUUCAUUUCAUACUCACAUCCUGUAUAGUUCGAAAGAUUCCAUGCUGUUCUUUAAAACCUGGAAUUCAUUAGAUUGGGAAGGAAACCACAAAAUGUUAACCUUAAUGUCCAUCAAUGAGUUAUCAGUUGGUGUGAACAAGCCACCCGACAUUCCUCAGUCACAGUGAAUGUCUUGAAAGGCACCCUGAUUUACAGACAUUUUCUUAAAUAAUGCCGCAGCUGUGGGACCUCUCCCCUGAGAAAGCCUCAGAGCUGUCACUGAGACAUGGGCUUAUGAGUAUGUUUGUCUAGCUUCCUUCUGUUUUU